AUGUCCGCCCAGAACUCCGCAGGUAUUCAGACACUCCUCGAUGCUGAGAGAGAGGCACAGAAAAUUGUUCAGCAAGCCAGGGAAUGUAUGGAAUUCUCUCUCGUACGCAACAUUAAUCGGUCCUAUUUUGACUCUGAUGAUCUAGACCGUACAAAACGGGUGAGAGAUGCCAAAUCGGAGGCGCAAAAGGAAAUCGAAGAAUACAGAAACCAAAAAGAGGCCGAGUUCAGGAAGUUCGAAGCUGAGCACUCGAGCGGAUACAAGAAGGCCGAAGACGAUGCGAACAAAGAGGCCGAUGUAAGACUCCAAGAGAUCAAGGAAUCGGCCGAUAGCAAGGGUGGCAAGGUCAUAGAUGAUCUCAUUCAUGCCCUCGUUGAGGUGAAUCCCCAGCCUUCGGAGAAGAUACUGGCCAAGGCAUAG